AUGCCUCAUCAAAUGGGUGUUGCCUUAACGCCUCCAGAUCCUGGUGCUGGAUUUGGUGGUUCAGCUUCCGUUGAGAAGUUACCUGAUUUUGGAUGGGCAAUCAACGAAACAGGCAUCGGCAAUGCAUUCCCAAUGAUUCCAGAACUGUCCUCUCCCAAGAAAGGAGAUGGCCGUCGUACACUUGACAGCAAGAAAGAAAUCUCCGAGGCAGUGUUGUCAGAGGGCUUUACCUUUCCACCCAGAGAUCUACCUCGCCCUGGCCAGUUCACCAAUAUUCAACGGCACAGUCUGUUUACAAAGCCCCCGAGUCCUCCGCAUCCAGAGCCAAGCCUGAAUCUACCUGGUUCACCACCAAAGGACAAAACCAUAGAUACGACUGCCAGAGCUUCACCCUUGGAUUUGCCAGAGAUAUGUCUCUCAGGAAACCCAAGAGACGCAGACGCUGCUCAUAAGCAUGGAGGUGAAGCAGAGAUCUCUCAGCGAGAGGAAAAUAAGUCGAUAUUUUUCAUGUCUCCUGGUAGCACCAAGCCCAAAGUCAUGCCUGACUCUCGGAGCCACGAGACGGACAAGACCACCCGGCUGAUGUCGCCACCAAAGCUUGCAUCUUCGCCAACACAAAGUCAUAAUAAUAAGAAUCUAUUCAAGGCCAUUAGUCAUAAAAUGGUCACUCGUGAACAAGAUGGCCCAUCCAGUGCGCCAAGAAUGAAGGUUUUCAACGAUACAAAGAUCCAAAAUGUACAACGCCAGCGCACCCCAAGCAUCUGUGGCGAUCUGGAACUUCCUACAUACCGCAGUCCGUUGGAAUCUCGGCCAAAAGGCCACAAAAGAUAUAAAGAGAGCCAAGUUGUUUUUCUCUCUCGCGAUGCGCAUGAACGGCCAUCCCAUCGUCGGUCCGGCUCCACCACGAGUAGCAACAUCUCCAGGAAACGGUCGCAUGAUCACAAAUCAAAGCACGAGUCAAAGGUGAGCCGCGAUCACAGAUUAGAGCACGAGUCAAAAUGUAUCGAACUUGCAGAUGAAGAAACCGAGGUUGUUUGGGCGGAGCUCAGAAAGCUCAAAAAGAUUCUUCAAGGUGAACAGGAGAAGCUUGGAGAUAUAGGUAAAGCACUAAAAGAGAAAGACGCGGAGUUGUCUGCCAUCCAAGAGCGUUACAACACGUUGUUUGAGAAUAACAACGAAGUGACCAAAGAGAAAGAGGGGUUGGUUUCUGAACUCAUGUCCUUGAAGGAGCAAUUGUCGGAAGAGAAGAAGCAAGGGAAGCUUGCUAAUGACAAAUGUGACGCCUACCGACGCAAACUCAACGAAACCAUCAAGGAGCAAGGAGUUCUCUUUCGACGUGCAGAAACUUAUUAUAAAGACACGAUGGACCAGCUGCGGAAAGAGAACGAACACAAAACAGCAUCCUCAGAGGCCGUCGACGAAGCUUUGAAAAACAGCCUCAAGAUCCGCGAGGAGAUGAAAAAAUGCACGGACGAGUACCGCAUGCAAAUGGAACAAGAUAUUAAAAGGAAGGACCAGGUUAUAUCAGAGCUUAAAGAAAAGCUACAUCUCCAAGAAGCUUUAUGGGCCCAGGAGAAAACGUUUGCCGACAAACUGAGUGUUCAAACAAAAGAGCAAGAUGCAGUACAUCAGUGCAUUUGGUCUUUGGAGGCCAAGAUGGAUUCCUUGAUGGCGCAUCAUACCAUCCAAAGCGAACAACGUGAAUUGGAUGCUAGAUCGAGUACGCAAAUGAUGAGCGCUCUAAAAUCGAAGUUGGAUUCUCUGCUCGCAGGUGGAAAUCAGCUUGCGUCCAAGAUGCUUUCGCAAGAGGAUCUUGAGCUCAAGCUAGCUGUCGCCGAAAAGAAUAUUGUUAAGAGCUUAUUACCGGUGGUUUUUUCACUGGAGAGUGAGCAAAACAAUGUCUCAAAAGCAGUGUCGCAAUUAGGAGGAUCAAUUGGGCAAGAUCUCGACCGCUUCAAAGGGGAGGCAAGCCGGAUUGUGAACGCAUUGGAACAAGACGCGAAAGGGACCAGCGCAAGAUUUCAAGAGCUAUCAAGCCAGAUUCAGAGCUUUGAUUGCAGUUUGAAGAAGGCAGUGGGCUCUUGUGAAAAUAUUGGCCAAAAAUUUGAUGUCCUCGCAGGCAACGGACAAAGCAAUCAGCGCGAGACAAUCAAUAUGCUACAAGACGUCUUGCAGCGGAUUUCAGCGGCCGAGAAUAAAUCCAACGAAACGGAUCAACAGCUUCAACAAGCGUAUGAAGAAAUCACCAAAAAGGUGGAGGCAAUGAUAUCUGAAGCAAUGAAAACAGGAGAAGAAGCCAUAGAGCCGUUGAACAGCACCAUAACCGAUCUUCGAGCCACUUUGGAGCAGGGGCUUGGGCAGGAGAGAGAGAAGACAGCGCAAUUGCUUCAGGUCAAUGAGAAUGUCUUGAAUGUUUUAACAACCCAUAUAAGUGAACAGAAGCAUAUGGCGACUCAGGAUGGCGACAAAAUUUCCGAGUUACAAGCGACAUUAGAAAACGAGCGGGAGACGGCUGCUCAACUAAGAAACAAAAUCCAAGCAUUUGAGCAGAAGGCUCAAGAAACUGAAAUCCUCCGAGACGAAUGGCUCAAGGAUGUUCAAACAAUUGACAAGAUGCGAUCACAGCUCAAGGCCAUCGCGAUGCGAAUCCCGCAGGUCGAAAACUGCGACAAAAAGCUAGACAGAAUCAUGGAGAUCAGUAGAUCCAUACAAUCAUCAGCCAGCUACCUAGCAACGGAAGAGGAAUGGGUUCAGCUAGAGAUUUCAGACAGAAUGCCGAACUCAGCUGCCUCGGAUGCAGUGACAUCCUGCGAAGUUAGUACAGCACUGCUACCUCUCCUGGCCGAAUCCGACGGCGCGGCAGAGAUCCAGCCAUCAACCAAGGAAGAUGUUAUGGGCCGCAAAGUCACUGUUCACAGUCCUGAUCCAGGUGAGAGAUCGCCGUCACCUCCACUAACCGUGAUGCAAGAGCAAAAGCGUCGUCGUGAAGUCACUCAACUCAGAUCGAUUCUCAAAAGCCAUGCCAUCCCUACCACGGUCGAACCAGGCAGCGUGGAAGGCCAUCCCACUCGACCACAGACUGACCAAAGCAAAGUCAGUCAGACCGCGAACGUCUCUAUCAACAAGCCUCAAUCUGCUUCGACGAAGGAGAUGGUUGCUGAAAUUCGCUCGAGGCUGAUUCAGCACAACCACACCUGGACCUUCCCAACUGUUGCUGAUUUCGAGAGGGACAUUCAAUUAACCAGCAAGAAAAGGCAAGCACCUCAGGGCAAUCCGGUGUCUUUGGAAUCUUUUGACUUCAACCCCCGAGAGACGAAGAAGCCCAGAACUGAGCACUACAUCGAGGAAUAA